UGUGAGGUUAGUUGUAUUUGCGUGCCCCAAAAGCGAUGUUUUCUUUUUAAGUUUGUUUUUGUUACAGUUGAAUCACUUUUUAGUUGUUUGAAAAAACGUGAAUACAUCUUAGGGUUUUCUCACUAUUUAGAGUAGUAUGGGGCGUAAGUUAAAAUACAAAGAUGUGGUCAAAAAGCCGCCCUCGAACUUUACGAAAAAAGUCUCAAAACGCGGAAAAAACUUCAAGAAAACCAAAGAGCGUAAAACCUUCAGCAUUUAUAAAGAAAACCACAAUAAUAAACGGAAACAUGACGAUGCCAGUGACGAGAAUAAUCAUAGUAAAAAGUCCAAGGAAGAGCUUGAAGAUAAGCUGAUCAAACAGGUUUAUGAACCUGAACCAUCAGAUAGUGAGGAAGAAAUCGAAGAAAACCCUUUGAAGUUACUUAGGGCUACUUUUGGGGACAAAAUUGACGAUUCUAUAAUUAGCAGCAGUGAUACUGAGGAGGAAGAGGAAAACAUCCAGGAAGAUUUAGAUGCUGAUGAUUCAGCUGGAUCUGGAUCUGACACAGGUGAAGAACUGGAAGAACCUCAAAAUAGCCCUGACAGCCUUUCAGAAGAUGAAGAAAAGGAAUCAGACCUUGAUAUCCAAACUGAAGAAGAAAACCUGGAAAACUCCUUAGACCCAUUCGUCCAACACGUCUGCUAUGAACUUCACCCCAGUUUAUUAGAAAGUUUAGAUGCUCAGCCCCCUUUGGUGGAAAUACAUAAGAAAACCUGGCCGAGACUCGGAAAUCUCCUUAUUCAGAUACCCCAAUGUAGCUUAAAAGAAAACUGCAAUAAUUCAAUCCUUGACAAAACAACUUAUGCUUUACCUAGUGCAGUACCAAAAAAAAUUAGCAGCAAAAGUACCCCUAAAGAGCUACAUAUUAAGUCCCAAAUAGUACCCAACCUUAUGGCAGCCAACAAGGGUCUAUUGAGGCAGGAAACAUUGUUUACCCCUUUACAGCAAGAGAUUUUUUCUAUAGUGAACAACUAUCAGGAUCUGCUUUAUCCAGAAAGGACUUUUGAUAAUGCCCAAGAGAUUCGGUUCGUUUAUUGUUUGCACGCUGUUAAUCAUGUCCUGAAAACUAGGAUAAAAGUGCUACACCAUAAUGCGAAAUUAUCAAAAAAAGAUGAUGUUCCCGAGGAGUUUAGGGAUCAAGGACUUGUACGACCUAAGAUAUUAAUAGUGGCUCCCUUCAAAGAUUCUGCAUACAAAAUAAUAAACACCAUAAUAACCAUAUUAUUUAAAGAAGACAAGGGGAAUGUUAUAAAGAAGAAUCGAUUCGUUGAAGACUACACUGGCAAUGAGUUGUAUAUGCCCAAAAAAAAUCCUAAACCUGAGGAUUAUGAAAAGACUUUCUGCGGCAAUACUGGGGAUGAUUUUAAGAUCGGUAUGAGUGUUACUAAGAAGAGCCUAAAGCUAUACUCGGACUUUUACUCAUCAGACAUCAUAGUGGCCUCACCUCUGGGCUUACGGACGAUCAUAGGAGCAGAAGGAGAGCCGGACAGAGACUUCGACUUCCUAACCUCCCUGGAAAUCCUCAUUCUGGACCAAACGGAGAUAUUUUCAAUGCAAAACUGGGACCACAUCAUCCACCUUUUUAACCAUAUGCACCUGAAACCGAAAGACCUUCAUGGGACGGACGUGUCCAGAGUGAGACAGUGGUGUCUGAAUCUUUGGGCGAAAUACUACAGACAAACCCUGAUAUUCUCCUCUCUAACAACCCCGGAAAUUAAUUCUAUUUUUAAUAAAAAAUGCGCUAAUUUCGCCGGUAAAGUGAAAGUGGCCAACCCGAUAGAACCGGGCUGUAUGAGUCAAAUUUUCGUACAGUUGCCGCAUGUUUUUCAUAAGUUUAGCGCGAAUAGUCCAGCCGACGCUGUGGAGAGGAGAUUUAACUUUUUCGUGCAGAAGGUACUGCCCCAACAGAGGGACAGCAGGAUGAAACAGACGUUGAUUUAUGUGCCCAGUUAUUUCGAUUAUGUCAAGCUGAGGAAUUAUUUUAAGAGGGAGGAUAUCGGGUUUGUACAGAUUUGUGAGUAUUCUAAGGACUCAAAAAUAGCCCGCGCGCGGGACAUGUUUUACCACGGAGACGCCCACUUUCUCCUCUACACCGAGCGCCACCACUUCUACCACAGAAUCCGCAUAAAAGGGGUGCGCCAUUUAAUAUUUUACCAGCCGCCCAGUUUUCCGUAUUUUUACUCGGAAUUGUCCAAUUUGAUGCAGGAGGCGAAUAUGAACAAAAAAGUGGGCAGUAUGACCAAUAUGACCGUAACAGUGUUAUACUCGAAAUAUGACAUUUUACAGCUAGCUGCCAUAAUAGGAACGGAGAGGGCGACGAAAAUGCUCGAGUCCGAGAGAGAUGUGCAUAUGAUCGUCACUGGUACCGAGUAGUUCUAUAUAGGCUUUACAAGAGACUUGUUAUUGUGUAAAUAUACUUUUAUGAUUUUUAAACAAAUUUCCUCAUUUGAUACCAGUUAAUAUCUUUAUUUGUUACAAUAAAAGAGUUAUUUAAGUAAA